AUGACGACCUCCGCAUUUGACGCAAUAAAUGGCUUGGAACAGAUUAAUAAUUCAGGGUCACCAGAGGGGAUUGUAGAAUAUAAAUUAAAAAGCGUCUUCAAAAAUUAUUCCCUUUAUGCAAGACACUGGCCUGUAGCAUCCCCGAAAGCUAUUGCUAUCAUCAUUCAUGGUGCCGGAGAACACUGUGGCAGAUACGAUGAGAUGGCAAGUCUUUUGAAUAAGGAAUCCAUAUAUGCCUUUGCAAAUGAUCACAUUGGUCACGGUCGGAGCGAUGGAGAAAAAUUAUGUUUGGAUAAAUUUGAAACUUAUACUGAUGACUGCCAUAAACAUUUACUACUUGUUCAAGAAAGAUUCCCUGAUUUAAAAGUAUUUUGCAUUGGUCACUCGCUGGGAGGAUUAAUUGCCGUAGAUCUUGCUGUUAAAAUACCGAAAGCUUUCGCUGGAGUCGUACUUAUUUCUCCAUGCCUUGCGAUCGCCCCCGAAGCUGCUUCUUUCUUCACUAUAAUGGCCAUGAAAGUGAUAUCAUUUUUCCUACCAAAAAUGCAAAUAAAUCGAAUAGAUGCAAAGUUUGUGUCCCGGGAUGAAAAGGAGGUAGAAUCAUACAACACUGAUCCUUUAGUGUGGCAUGGUGGUCUUAGAGCGCAUUUUUGUAAGGAGGUGUAUGAUGCCGUUUGCAAAAUUACCAAAAUAAGCAAGAGUAUCGAAUGGCCUUACCUUGUCAUGCAUGGUGACCAAGACAAAUUAUGUGAAAUUAGUGGAUCUGAAAGCUUUCAUAAUGCAGCCCGCAGCAGUGAUAAAACAUACAAGAGAUAUGAGGGAUUUUAUCAUGCAUUGCAUAAAGAACCGGUAGAUAGUCGCAAAAUUAUUUUUGAAGACUUGCUGAAAUGGAUCAACGAUAGAAUGGAUUAA